UGAACGUGAUAAAUUUCACUCACGGCCUCACGCACUAUCGUUGUCGUGUCGUAGCAUAGACUUCUGUCAUCCAUCACAUAAUAUUCUGGUUUUACGAAUUUACGAAAACAUAAACUGUUAUUUGUUUUGUUUACUUUUAAUUUUUAACAUAAAAAUAUUUACUCCAUCUCUUCCAAUUGGCGUUUCCUUACUGCUACUGGUCACUAAAUGGAUCCGUCCGAUUUGGAACUAGUGCGGGGAGUUCGUGCCACUCCAGCACUAUUUGAUAAUACAAACUCUGAUUUUAAGUUUGCCUACAGAAAAGAGAAAAUAUGGGUCGAACUAUCAGAAUACCUCGGAAUCAACAUGAAUGAUGCACGUCGACGAUGGACUUGUUUGCGAGAUAGAUACACUAGAGAGUUGAAAAACCGUCGUCUCAAUCCCAACAUCGACUAUCCACAAGAUGAAUUCUACAAAGAAAUGGACUUCCUCCGACCCUAUGUCCGAAAACGAAAGGAAAGAAGUUCAAUAAUCUGUAAAAUAAAAUCAAAAACCAGCUGGGAUGGCCGGUUGGACAAACAUGACUACAGCACGUGUGAUAGUAGUUAUUCGAAUAAUAAUUGUAAAUUGGAAUCAGACGAACAAAACACCAUUGAAGAGGUUAAUGUCGAAGAAAUUCUACAUAACUACCAAAUUGAAAAAGCCGACAGUGUGUCCAUGGUGAUGGAUUCAAACAAUGAAAUAACCGAAGACGGCGAUGGUGAUGAUGCUGACGAAGAGGAGACCCUAAAUCAAGAGAACUUCGAAUAUCAAGUUCAAAUGAUUACAGAGGACGAUAAGAGUCCCAUGCAACAUGCCACAAUCCAGAGUUGUAAAAUAAUUGCAGAAAAUCCAGUCGAGAUAACGCCGCAAACAAGCAAACACCAACUCAACAACUCUUCGAAGUCUUGUGACAACACCGAGACGGAAGAUGACUUCUUCUGCAAGAGCGUGUGUGUUUACUUGCGACAGUUAAAUCGAGUUCAUAAGAUUAAAGCCAAAGUGGAAAUGUUCAAAAUAUUACAAAAGUAUAUCGAAAUCGAGGAAGGCGUGAAUGGUUAAAGGAAGAGUAACUUAUUCUUUGUAGGUUUUAAGGGAUUUGUAUAGAAAGAAAAGGAAAUAAAAGAGUUUUACUUAAAUUAGAAAUUAA